AAAACCAUUUCAACAAACUUCACACCCCAUACCAUUCAAUCUUCAUCUGAUUCAUUUUCUGUUUCUCGUAUACCACAUCACAACUUCUUCAUCAGAUCUGUCGCUGAACUGCUCCGUUCGAUUUUCUUCCUUUUUUAAAAAAAAAAAGUAUUCCUAGAUGUGUAACAACGAUAUGUCGAGUUCUCGCUCUGAUCUCGGCGUGAUUCUCAUGUGACAUGGAUUUUGGGGUGAAAUUAGGAAAACCUAUAUCCAAAAAUCGGUGCUUGAAUCCAUUUGACGGAACUUGAUAAGUGCAUGUAAGGGUGUGGUAGUGAAGGGGGCAUUUGAGUUUUACGUUUUGUAGUGAAGAGGGUGUGGAGAAAACCAUGUUCUGGAGGGACCGUGAGAGGGAGAACAAAGAACUUAACGGUGGGGUGCUAUGUGGCCAGGUCAGAGUCCUCGUUGUCGGUGACUCAGGUGUUGGGAAGUCUUCUCUAGUUCACCUGAUUGUUAAAGGUUCUCCCAUUGCUCGCCCUCCUCAGACAAUUGGUUGUACAGUGGAUGUGAAGCGCACUACUUAUGGAAAUUCAGGCAGCUCUUCAAGUAGCCUUAAAGGGGAUUCUGAGAGAGAUUUCUUUGUUGAAUUGUGGGAUGUCUCAGGACAUGAGCGGUACAAAGAUUGCCGAUCUCUGUUUUAUUCACAGAUUAAUGGUGUAAUUUUUGUUCAUGAUCUUUCACAGAGAAGAACUAAGACUAGCUUGCAGAAGUGGGCAGCUGAGAUUUCUGCAACUGGGACAUUUUCAGCUCCUUUGGGUUCUGGUGGCCCUGGUGGCCUUCCUGUUCCAUAUAUUGUUAUUGGUAACAAAGCUGAUAUUGCCGCAAAAGAGGGUACAAGAGGAAGCAGCGGUAAUCUUGUUGAUGUUGCACGCCAGUGGGUUGAGAAGCAGGGUUUACUUCCUUCCAGUGAGGAGCUUCCACUGACCGAGAGUUUUCCUGGAAGUGGGGGCCUUAUCUCAGCUGCCAAAGAAGCAAGAUUUGACAAGGAGGCUGUGAUGAAAUUUUUUCGCAUGUUGAUCAGGAGAAGAUAUUUCUCAGACGAAAUACCUUCACCAGCAUGGUCCAUUCCUUCUGCUCAGAGACCUGCCCAGCGUAUCGAUGAAAAUUUCAUUGAAGAUGAUCAUCAGUCUUAUAAUACAGGUCGAAUGAGUGAUCCUUACAAGUAUAACAUGCUUCCGCCGCUUCCAGCACAACGCAAUUUAACUCCACCACCCACGCUCUAUCCUCAACAGCCAGUUUCAGUUUCAGAAAACUAUAGUUUCCCUAGAUUUUCUUUGUCUGGCUCCUCAGAAAUCAGCACUUCAGCAAGAACAAAGCGUUCUGAUAUUAAUGUCUGAAGAUCUCUGUAUUUGUUUCAGAGGUGUGGGAGAGGUAGGAGAAGGAUCUCAUGGCGUGAGAGAAACGUUGAAAGAAGCAGCUGAGAAGAGUUUCGACGUAAGCAAAGAUGCAGUUGAGGAAAGUGCUAAAUCAGCAGCAAAAGCGGUAGGAGGAGCAAUUCAUAAGACAGCAGAAAAGAUGAAGGAUACUACUCAUGAUUCUGAGAAAGAGUCAGAAGCAGAACUUUAAUUUAUUUUUUUUAGGAGAUAGCAAUCUCUGUCUGAAACAAUUUAUUCAUGGUAAACCUCUUUUUCUCUGUUUCCUUACAUUGUUCUAAUUUCAGCCACAUGCAUGGAAGAAUGGGGAAAAAAAAAUGUUACGUAAAACUGCAAAGAAUUUCUAGUACUGAAGAAUAGGUGACAAGAACUUGUCCGCAAUAUAUAUUUAAUUGUUUUUUAAAAAAAUGAAAUAAAGUUGUGGAUAGUAAUUUC